AUGAACGAGCAUGCAAAGCAGACUGGAUCGGGGGACACGAAGAAAGCUGGAGAGCAAACCGAAGAAGAUAUGGCUCCAGUGAAUUCUGAAGAUUAUGCAAGAGUGUUCUUGAAGUUUUUUGGAAUGCAACGCCUUCGUGUGGCGGUGGGAAUGUCCGGAGGUGUAGACAGCGCGGUAUCCGCUUGGUUGUUGAAAAAGCGAGGAUUUGACGUUAUGGGUAUCUAUAUGAUCAACUGGGACCAAGUCGAGGAGGGUAGUGCCAAAUGCCCUAGAACAAGAGAUGAAGCGGACGCAAGGCGAGUAUGUGAAAAGCUGGAUAUCCCUUUC